AUGAGAAGAAGAAAACAUUCGUCGUGUGCAAAAAAUGUCCUACACACGGCACUUCAAGUUGUUCUUGUUUUUCAUUUCUCUCUUGUUGUUCGUCGUCGCCCUGGGCAGAAAAGACGACCAAUAUUUGCCUCUGGGAAUGACCAUCGUCAACAACAUUUUAGCAUCUUUUUCUUUUCGUUGUUCACAAACUGGAAGAAAAUUAUUCACAGUUCAAAGAUGGACAAAAAAAGAUACUCAGGAAAAACAUGUCGUCUGCUUUCCAUGCUGACACUGACUUCAUUCUUCUUUUUGGUUGAAAUUGUUGUUGGUUAUUUGACCAAUUCUCUUGCUUUGGUUGCCGACUCUUUUCACAUGCUUUCUGAUGUUGUAGCCUUGGUUGUUGGCUUUGCAUCGGUCAGGAUCUCCAAAUGGAGGACACAAAAGAAUACAUUUGGUUGGGCUCGAGCUGAAGUCCUUGGGGCUUUAGUCAAUGCAGUCUUCCUGAUUGCUCUCUGUUUCUCCAUUCUUGUUGAGUCACUGAAGCGCCUUGUCCAAAUUGAAGAAAUUCACAAUGCAAAGAUGUUGGUUGGUGUUGGAGUGUUUGGUCUAUUAGUCAACCUCAUUGGUUUGUUUUUAUUCCAUGGUCAUGGUCAUUCACAUGGACACAGUCAUAGUGACAAAUCUGAAAAUGUUGCUUUAGUGGAAAAUAAGCUGGGGAAUACUGGAGAGAUUGUCAUGAACCAUGCUGAAGAUGGCACUGAGGAUAUUCCUGUCAAGAUCACUUCAGGAUCUCAGCUGAACAUGCGUGGUGUGUUCUUGCAUAUUCUUGGAGAUGCCUUAGGAUCUGUGAUAGUUAUCAUUAGUGCUUUAAUUAUUUGGUUUGCAGAAGGUGCAUGGAAAUAUUACGUCGACCCUGCAAUGAGUAUAGGAAUGGUAAUCCUUAUCCUUGCAACUACAAUUCCAUUAUUAAGAGAAUCAGGUUUGAUUCUUUUACAAACAGUUCCAACUCAUAUUCAAGUCAAAGACAUUAAAGAAAAACUUGAACAGAUAAGCGGAGUUCUUGCAGUUCAUGAGUUCCAUGUUUGGCAAUUAGCAGGAAACAGAAUCAUUGCAUCUGCACAUGUUCGUUGCCAAAAUAUUGAAGAAUACAUGCAAGUUGCAGGCAAAAUUAAAGAGUUGUUUCAUAAUGAAGGCAUCCAUUCAACAACAAUUCAGCCAGAAUUUGUAGAGUUUGAAGAGAUUCGUCCUGGCCGUGACUGUGCAUUGGAAUGUGGACCUGAUAAACAGUGUUACACUGACACCUGCUGUCCUACAAAACAACCAAAAGAACUUGAUGAACACAGCAUUGCAUUGGUUGUCAAUGAUGAUGAAGACGACAAUUUUCUUUUUUCUUUCUCUAACUUCAAAUUUGUUCCAUUAUUUCAAUCAUCGAAUUUAUUUUCCACAUUCCGACAGGAGAAAACACCCUCCCAUUCUCUUCCUCACCCCACCUCAAGGCAGGUCUUGGAAAAGAAUACAAACAAAAGUUUCUCUUAA